AUGACAGACUACACAUCAAUAUUCUACUUUUUGACAAUCAUAUUACGCAUCGGCUUAGCUGCCAUCCUCUUCAAUGCUCUCUGGCAAAAGCUACCCCGGUCCAAAUCAGAGCCACCCGUCGUUUUCCACUGGUUCCCAUUCAUUGGCAGUGCGAUCUCAUACGGUACGGACCCGGUCAAGUUCUACCGCCAAUGUCGAGAAAGGCACGGCGACAUCUUCACCUUUGUCCUGUUCGGUCGGCACAUGACCGUGUACCUCGGAGUCCAGGGAAACGAGUUCAUCCUCAACGGCAAGCUACAGGACCUCAACGCCGAGGACAUCUACCGCCCGCUGACCCGGCCCGUCUUCGGUAGCGAUAUCAUCUACGACUGCCCCAACUCAAAGCUGAUGGAGCAGAAGAAGUUCGUCAAGUUCGGCCUGACGCAGAAGGCCCUCGAGUCCUAUGUCCCGCUGAUCGAGCGGGAGGUCCUCGACUAUUUCGCAGCCACGCCCGCCCUGAAUCAUGGUCACGACGGAAUCGUCGACAUACCCUCCAUCAUGGCCGAGAUCACCAUUUACACGGCCGGCCGAUCGCUGCAGGGGUCGGAGGUGCGAAAGAAGCUUAGCGGGGAGUUCGCGGCACUGUACCACGACCUCGACCUGGGCUUUAGCCCGAUCAACUUCGUCAUGCCGUGGGCGCCGCUGCCGCAGAACAGACGCCGAGACGUGGCGCACGAGCGCAUGCGAAAUGUGUACAUGGACAUCAUCAAGGAGCGUCGGAAGAGAUCGGCCGGAAACAAUAACAACAACGACGACGAUGAUGACGGAGAAGAAGAAGAAGAACAAGAAGACGAAGGUCAAGAACCCGACAUGCUCCGCCAUCUGAUGGGCUGCGCGUACAAGGACGGGCGGCCCGUGCCAGACAAGGAGAUCGCGCACAUGAUGAUCACGAUGCUCAUGGGCGGGCAGCACUCGUCCUCGUCAGCCAGCGCCUGGGUGCUCCUGCGGCUGGCGUCGCGGCCGGACAUCGCUGAGGAGUUGUACCGGGAGCUCUUACAGCAAUUGGGUAGCGAUGAUCAAGGCACGGAAAGAUCACUGCGGUACUCGGACCUCGACAAGCUCCCGCUGCUCAGCCAAGUCAUCAAGGAGACCCUUAGGGUCCACUCGUCGAUUCAUUCCAUCAUGCGCAAGGCCACACGGGACAUCCCCGUCCCGGAUAGCGACUACGUCGUCUCCGCGGGCAAGGUGCUCGUGUCGUCGCCCAUAAUGACGCAGCUGAGCGAGGAGCACUUCCAGGACGCCGAGGUCUGGGAUCCGCACCGCUGGGACAACGAAGAUGAUCGCCAAGUCCACGACGAAAACAGCACCAAGGCGGGGGAUAUGGUCGAUUACGGCUAUGGGGCCACGUCCAAGGGCACGAGAAGCCCCUAUCUGCCAUUUGGAGCCGGCCGGCACCGCUGUAUCGGUGAAAAGUUUGCGUACCUCAACCUCGCUGUCAUCAUUGCCACCAUGGUUCGGACUUUCAGGUUCAAUACACUCGAUGGUAAGUCCUGGGUGCCGCCGACGGAUUAUCAGUCUUUGUUUUCGAGACCGACUGAGCCGGCCAGGGUUGGUUGGCAACGGCGUUAG